AUGGACACGGACCCUUUCGCGGUGUGGGACGACCCCCAGCCCGCAUCAUCGUCGUCAUCCAUACAGCCAACGGCCGACGCACCAGGCGCUGCACGCGCUGCAGACGACGCACGCAUCUCGCUCGAGUUGGAGGAGGAGGAUCCGGGAUGGGGUGUCGCCUCGGCCUCGACUUCGAGGGCGAACAGUCCCGAAAAGUCGCGCAAACCCGCAACCCAACGAUCGAGGUCGCAGGCGAGCGUCUCUCCACUCGUGACCGCAGUGCCGGUUACGGCAUCGGAGGUGCCGACGCUCGUAGAGGCCGCACAGCCAUCGAAUCAAGCAAACUCAGCAGAGGAGCAAAAUUACCAACAAGCAUUGACGGCAGAAGAUGCAGAAGUAGCCUCGAGCGCCAAGUCACACGAGAGCGGAGAAGACAAGGAUGUGUUCGAGGAUACAGAGGACACCCUGGAUACACCACAAGACCCACACCCGGCGCAAUCACCGCAACCAGCGCAGACAGAGCCGGUCGAGGAGCCCAUCGAGGUCGAGGACUCGGCUGAAGCGCAGAUCACUGCAGACGAGGCUGGAGGCGAGGAGAAGGGAGAUGAGGACGACGACGGAUUCGACGAUUUCGGCGAACUUGCGGGAUCAGGAGGUGGAGCAGCGGAGCACGACGAUUUCGGCGACUUUGACGAUUUUGAAACGGGCGACGCACCCGGUGACGACGGUUUCGGCGACGAUGAUUUCGAGAAUCAAGACUUUGACGAAGCGGCAGACACCUCUGCCCCAUCAGUCUCGACGAGCGCACCCUUGCCGUUGCAGGCUGCUGCGCCGACGCGCACAUGGACCCCACUCGACGUCACGCCUACAUCGAAUCGGCUCGAUCUCGCCUCGGCCGUAUCUGCCUUGCUGCCGCUCUCGUCCGCUGCGGAGAAGGAGCUGACCAACACGGCUUUGCGGCAGGUGGAAGGUGCGGCGCAGGUGCUGGUGAGCGGCGGCUCGCGCGAGAUGUGGACAGAGCUGUCAUCGGUACCCUCGGUCAAGCCGAUCGACUGGGUGCGCAGCAAGACUCGACGCGACUACCUCAUCUCGAUGGGUGUGCCCGUGAAUCUGGACGAGAUCCACUCUUCAUUCGACUCGCAAUCGGGACGGUCAGGGCAGCUUCCGCCACUGCAGCUCAAGUAUGACUCGGGGCGUAGCGGCGAAGGAUUGCAGAGGAGUUCAAGUCUCAAGCUGGCGGGCACGGCGGCUGGAUCGGCUGUGGCGCAACGCUCGGCAUCUACCUCGAACAGUCCACGCGAUGGCAGCUCGCCGGCUCUGGGUACGAGCACGAAUCGAGAACGUAUGGCUGAGCGACGUCGCGAGGAAUUGGGAUUGGGUCCAGCGCCGCAGGUAGAUCUGCGUCGUGCAGAGGAGCUGGUGAAGAAGACCGAAGAUCAACUUACGCUCUUGUCGUUGCCGGCACUGCAGGCGAUGGUGCGCGAACUCAACACGCUCACCACAUCCACCUCGAGCCUGCUCACCCACCACCUUACGUUGCGCGAGAGCUUCCAGGCGGACUCGGAGAUGUACAACGCCAUGAUCAAGGAGCUCGUCACCGGCGCCGCCACGCGCUUUAGCGGUGCAGGUGCAGGCACAGGCUCGGGCGGCAGGGGCGAUAUGAGGAGAUCCACCACCAUGGGUGUAGCUUCGUCCGGCGUGGCAAAGACCAGGGUCAACAGUUUGCCCCCGCCCGGUGCGAAUGGAAGGUCAAGUCCCUCGCUCUCGCUCAGAGGCGGUGCGGCGUCAGCUGCCAGCCCGAGACGCUAA